UUUAUAGGAAGUUUAUUAUAAAAUGGGAAAGCCCGGCAAAUCUCGGGUCAAAUUUAAGCGUGACGACGCGGCUCCGCCGCGAGUCGAGGUGCCGAAAAGAAGCGCGAAGGCGGUAGAAGUCGCGUCCUCUGACGAGGAGGAUACGGACGAUGUUACCGGUAUUAAUUUUGUUCCUUGUGCCGUUUGGGUACCUCAAGGAGUAUCCAAGAGAAACCCUGAAAAGAUUGAAAUCACGAAAGAAGAGCUCAAGCGCAUCAUUGAUGAAACCCGGAAAAAUUUGAAAGAACUGGAGGAAGAAGAGCGAGAAGAAUCCUCUGAAGCGCAAAUGGAUGAGAAUUCUGCUGGCGAUGAUGAAAAUAUUGAAUCGAAGUACGGGUUCGAUGAUUAUGAUGAUGACAACGUGGACGACAUGGGUUUUGCUGCCGCAACAACUUACGGGGAUAAUGCGGAAGAUCCACUUUUAAAAUCUGCGCCGGUUGGAAACGAUUCCGAUAGUGAAGAAGAAGAUUUCGAGAUUAAACCGAAGGAUAACUUGAUUGUCACAGGGCACUUCGAAGACCAUUGCAGUAACUUGGAAAUUUACGUGUAUAAUGCGGAAGAUGCAAGUUUGUUUGUGCAUCACGACCUGUUGCUUCCGUCGUGUCCAUUGGCUCUGGAAUGGAUUGAUGCUGGAAUUUCUGGAGGAAAAGGAAACCUGGUAGCAGUAGGUGCUUUAGAUCCCGUUAUUCAAGUAUGGGACUUGGACGUCAUUAACUGCCUAGAACCAUGUUGCACUCUUGGGGAGAGAGGUUCCAAAUUGAAGAAGAAGAAGAAAUCUUCUCAGAUCUUGGGUCAUACUGAUGCAGUUCUGGACCUAUCGUGGAACAAGCUCAACAAACAGACGUUGGCCAGCGGAUCCGUUGACCAAACAGCCAUUCUAUGGGACUUUCAGCAAGCCAAACCUUCCCGUCAUUUGCGAGACUUCGAGGAAAAAGUGCAAUGCGUUGUUUGGCACCAAUCUGAAGUUCAUUCAUUGCUGACGGCAUGUGCCGAUGGUUAUGGGAAAGUUUUGAUCGGGAUUCCCAAAUCUUCCAGGAAAGCGCGUUUGUUCGACGCUCGUGCCGAAUCAACGGCGGCAAAUACUUGGAAUUGCAAAGCAAGUGUGGACCGCGUUAUUUGGGAUCCGACAAAUCCGACGCGUUUUAUUGCGGGACGAGAGGACGGGACAAUUUCUUGUUUUGAUGUCCGUCAGAAGAAGCCCCUGUGGCGUUUUCACGCCACCGCCGAUAAAUUCGCAGAUUUGGCGAUGAGUGAUUCGUGUCCUGGUUGUCUCGUGACUGGCUCCGAAGAGGGAGAAAUUCAAAUUUGGGACGCGGAGAAAUUAUGUCCGGAAACCGGGACACCGGUAUUCAUUGGACAUCACGACAUGAAUGUAGGGAAAAUUAUGUUCUUGAGAUUCUGCCCCGACGAGCCCUUCGUAGUGUGUGCUGGCGGAGAUUCCAAGUGUAACUCGUUUAACGUUUGGGAUCUUCGGAACACCGUCGGAGUCGUCCAACGAUUCGGAGACAGAAUAAGCGGUUCCCACGCUGUGGAAAAAACCGAACCGAUGGAGGAGGAUUCGAGGGAUUUAAACAUGCGAGGAUUGACGGAAGUUGCGUCUACCGCUGAAAAAAUGGUUCCCCCCGUGUUCUCGAUUUGUCCCGGUGGUCCCGGGCCUCUGUGGUGCUCCUGA